GUCAUUAUACUAAACACUAUAAUUACAUAAUCAGAUAUGGUAUACGAUAUCAGAACCACAUCUGUUUUUUAUGUUUGUGGCAUUUCUUAUGCUUUUUUCUGGUGGGCUCUUUUUGCAAUCUACUGUGUAUUCUAUCAGAUCAACCGUCUUCGUGUGUACUAUGUCAGAAAGAGCAGAAUCAACGGCAAGGACGACAAUGUAGUGCAGAAUCUGCCGGGAACAAGAUGGUUACAUCGAUUUGACCAUGUUGUUCGUAUUCCUUUUGUGACUGAAAUGAUGCCUGUCAAACAUGUCAUUGGUAUUUCGCUAUUCAUUAUUAUCAACCUUCUUUUCAUUUUCUUUGCUCCCUUUGCUAUGACUGGGCCAUACACUCUGACUACCAUUGGUAUUUUUGAUCGUCGUGCAGCUUUUGUCGGUAUGGUCAAUUGGGGGUUUGUUUUCUUUUUGGCUCAAAGAAACUCCGUUUUGCCCAAGAUGUCAGGUCUUACAUUCGAAGAACUCAUUCCCUAUCAUCGAAUUAUUGCACGAGUUGGUUUAGCAGAGUUUAUUCCUCACUUUGUGUGGCGUAUGUUGCACGGUUACCAAAAGACCUAUAUUGCUGCAGACACUCUUUUCUAUAAUGAAGAACAAACAACUGGUACUAUCUCUAUGCUGGGUUUCCUCCUUAUGUUCGUCACUUCUUUUGAGUACAUGCGUCGCAACCAUUUCGAGAUCUUCUACUGGUCUCAUAUCAUCGGCCUCAUCGUCGCCAUCAUCUUUGCCUGCUGGCACGAGCACACAUGCUUUGCCUUCUUUAUUCCUGCUAUCAUUCUCUGGGCUGUUGAUCGUGUCAUUCGUUCCUACCAAUCAUGGUGUGUCAAGACUGCCUCUGUUCGUGUGGACCAAGUCGUCAGCCCUUCCAACUCUCAAGAAGGUAUCGUUCGUGUCUUGUUCGAGUCCAAUGUGAUGAAGGCCUUCAGGCCCGGUCAAUACGUCUUUGUCUCUAUGGCCAAGAGUAAGUUUAAGCUCUGGAAGUAUGCCAACUGGCACCCUUACACUAUCUCUGAGGUCUUCCGUGUCAGCUCAGCUGCUGAUGGGGGUAUUGAAGAACGUGUCAUUGGCAAGAACGAAGCUGCUGUUAUUGACGAAAAAGAAAAGAACCACAAGAAUGGCUCUGGUAGUCUUACCGACAUUGACUCUAUCUCUGAUACUUCUAGCUUGCGUCGCCGUACUACUGCUCUUCCUGGAUCAGAGGCCAAGACGAUUGCUUCUUUCCACAUCAAGGGCCUCGGUAAAAAGACCGUGGGACUUCUUGACUCUGCUGCCACUCAUGAGAAGCUGACAGUCAAGGUCGAUGGUGUCUACGGUCCUCAACUUCAGUACCAAGACUAUCAGGUUGUAUCUUUGUUUGCUGCUGGUAUCGGUGUGACUCCUGCUCUUGUGAUCAUGAAGGACAUUAUUGAGAAGCGUGCCAACGGCGUCAAGACUGUUGCUGUUGAGAACGUGUACUUGACGUGGGCUAUCAGAUCAGUUGAGGAAGUCAAUGCUUUCAUCGACAUGUUCUCUUACUGGAACGAAAGAUCAAAGACAGCCAUCUUGCCCAUCUAUAUCAAUGUCAAUGUAUAUGUGACACGUAUGACUGAGGGGCCCAAUGUGUUUGAAGGCAUGCCUGGUUUCAGCGUUUUUUACGGUGAAAGACCCAAGAUUGAUAUGGAGAUGGACAAGGUCCAAACAGUCAACGGCAAGCGUCGUGUAUGGGCUCAUGCAUGCGGUGGAGAUGAAUUUACUUGCACAGUGAUCAACGAAGCUGUCCGUCAUCACUUUGAUGUUCACAACGAAACCUUUGAAUUCUAGACAUGCAUACCUAGAUAUUUGUAUGUUCGUUUUCGUAAAUUGUUGUAUUAUAUUUUCCUUUAUUCUUCUUUUUUAAAAAGUAAUGUUCCAUAACUACUGCUUACAAAAUUAUUAUUGUACCUUCCAUUAUAAUCUUUUUCGUUCUCUUUUCUCUUUAUUUUUAUCUCCCCUUCUCUUAAUCUUAUAAUAUGC